AAGUCAUGUGACGGGUCAAAAUGGAGGAUGAUACUGCACCACUGCUUAGUGAUCAGCGUUAUUCAUCUACUUCAGUGAAUUUGAAGUCUUACAGUCGAUCAACUUCAGAGAGUGGAAAUUAUGUCAAAAGAAAUGAUAAGGUAUUCCAGACCGUUUUCUUUGUCUGUUAAAAUUAAAUAGGCCAAUUAAGGUUUUAUUAAAAUUAAAGAAACUGUAAGUUAUUUUAAAUUUAAUUUUAACAUCUAAAAUUAUUAGAAUUAGACUUGUUUUAGUUUAGUGAUAUUGACUUAGAAUAUUAUAAUUUUUGGCUGCAUUAUUAAAUAAAAAAAAUAAACGAAUGGUAGAGUAUCGCUGAUGAGUGUUCCAACUAGUGAAAAUGCGAUUCCCAUACUUUGCAUGAAAGGCAAUCCUUGCAGGAAAGAUAGCAAAACAAAUUAAGUGCAAGGCGUGCAAGGUAAAAGGAAAACAUCAGUCAAGGUUCUCCUGCAAGAAGUGCAGCUGAGACGGCCACUUCAAUAUCAGCCUCAUAAGUCUUAAACUGAUUUAAAAAAAAAAAAAGAAGUAACACUUUUAUCUCACAAAGACAGAUGGAAGCCAGUUAGAUAAAAUAGUUCAUUAAUUAAAACAAUGAUGGAGAAAAAAAACAGGUUGUAACUGGGGUAUAUUUAAAUAUAUCUGAAUGCAGUAUGUUGAAAUGAUUUCUUAUGUGUUAUUUAAAAAAAAUUAAUAUUUCUAUUUAGAUUUCUAAUGUUUGUUUAAUCUUUCAAACACCAUGUAAAAUAGCCUUCAAAGUCUCACCUGGUGUUGGCUAUUUUGGCAUGUAUCAUGGGAAGUCCUUUACAGAUUGGUCUUAAUACUGCUAUACUGAAUGCCCCUGAAGAGGUUAGUAAUUUUAAAACUGCUAUAUUUUACACUGUACCAGUAUAAAAACUAUGGGAAAUUGUUUAAAUGCAUCUGCUGAGUAGCUAUUAUACUAAUUGAUGAUCUUAAUAAUGGUUUUUGUUUGUUUAGGUCAUCAAAGAGUUCUACAAUAAGACAUACUUUGACAGAUAUGAAGAACCGAUGUCUAGUUCACUGUUGACAGUUCUAUGGGCUGUCACUGUAGCAUUUUUUUGUGUUGGGGGAAUGAUUGGAGGUGUGUCUGCUGCUUACUUUGCUGGGAAAUACGGAAGGUGAUAGAUUUUAGCUGCUUUAGUAUUUUAUCAUUUUAUUUAACUUGGUGUGAUAAUUUUUUCAACGUCUUUGAGCCAAAAUGCAUCAAUGUUUUACUGGAACUCGAAAGCUUAAAUUUCAGACACCAUUUAGACAUGUGCUUUAUUUUUCCCCCGCAAAAUUUGAUGGAUUCCUCAUUAUCUAUUUUGAAAUAAAUUACAUUUUUAAAAUCGAGUAAGUUUUAACAUGGCUGCCAGAAAACAUAGAUCAGAUAUGGGAUUGUCGCUGUCUCUGCACAGAUCCAUAACAAAGACAAAAACAAUAACUUUCAAUACUUGUUAUCAUGAAUUAAAAAACCUGGUUGGUUGUGUUUGUUGAAUAGUCCUCCUGGGAAUGUGAAUGCCUACAGAACUAUUCCGUCUACACAAUUUUUUUUAUCAGUUUGUAAUAAGUCUUAAUAUGAUUCUCUUGGUAUAAUAAUAAAGUUUUCAAAAGCAAUUAUAAAGUGUUUGGCCACAAAAACUUUGGUAUUUCUUUUUUGCUUAUUGAACUUGUUGAGUAACAUAACUUGUAAAAUAUGACUGUUUUAGCCAACACUUAUGUUUAUUUAUUAGAAGUUCUUUGGUUUAAAAAAUUAACUGUUGAUUUUCAAAACGUUUAUAACAAUGCAGAAAGAACACUCUGCUUCUCAACAAUGCUGUUGCUUUUGCCUGUGCUGCCCUGCAGGGCUGCAGCAAGUCAGCCCAAUCAUUUGAGAUGUUAAUUGUGGGUCGUGUUGUUGCAGGGGUAUGUUGUGGUAAGUAGGAAAAUGGUGAUAACUAUUGUAUGGAACUACUUUAUGUUUAUAAACCCACAAUAAUUUUUAUCACCAUCUUCAGUAUUAUGGAAUUUCUAAGAAACAUUUACAUUAUUUUUAUCAGCAUUUUCUUGCCCUGUUGCUGGAGUAAGGCUAUAGAAACUUUCAGUUUUCAUUACGGCUAUAACUCAGUAUUUUAUUCCAAGUUUUAAGUAGACAGAAUGUCUAUAACUAUAAUUGUAGAAAUUCAUCACAUAAAGCAUCGUAAAAUGACUUAAAGAGCAAAAAUACAUGCGACUAAGAGAAAGCCGUCCUGUUAGCAGACUAAUCGUUCUUCUUUGGUUUUCUUUUCUGCAUGAAUGAAGAGCUGUAUUCUCAGUAAUUAUUAUUUUUGUUAAGUCCAUGCUACAUUCCUAAUUUAUUUAGGAUGACGUUAUGCACCGUUAUAAGGUUUUGAAAAUUUAAUCUGUUUUAAGAUUUUGCUCGUUCGUUGAACAAUGUGUAACAAAGGACUUACAACCAGUAUACAAAGAAAAAAAAAAUACCAAGUGAUAAUUAAUAAUAUUCAAUUUAAUUAUACUAAGUUUAUAUAAAAAAUACAAAAUCAAAUAUACAGAAAUAAAAACUAUCUUAACUUACAGCACAGAAAAUGACAAAGUGUAAUCCAUGAUUUUAAAAAAGAGUAAAAUCUUAUAAGGCCUCCUAUAAGUAUAGUAAGUCUCGUAAAUAUCUAGGAAAAUUAGCAAAAAUCUCUCCCAGCUUGGAAAACAAAAAAAUUGCAUCACCUGACAGCAUUCUUAAGAAAAAAUUAGAACUAAACAACCUUUUCUCAAUCAAAGGAGGGGAGGGUGUGGCAGAGAAGGAGUGUCAUCUGGUGAUGCUGACAUCAAAACAAGCCAAAAAAAAAGGUGGAAUUGGGGUGGGGGUUAGGCUGCCUGCUACCGCUUCUACAAAAACUAGAUCAUACCUCAGGAUAUCACAAUGAACAAAGAAAUGUGUACACCAUGAAGCCAUCGAUAAAAUUUAACAGUUAAUACAAGUUUAAAUAUCUUUUGUGCCACCAAAAGACUUUAAUUAAUGCACCAUUACAUAACAUUCUUUUCAUCAUCCUUCACAAUGUCUUCAUUUAACAAGCAUAUGUAUUUUAAACUCAGGUUUAACUUCAGCUGUCGCACCUCUGUAUCUUGCUGAGAUUUCUCCAGUGUCCUUGAGGGGUUUUUGUGGCACCUGCAACCAGCUGUCCAUCACCCUGGGAGUUCUUAUUGGAGAGGUCAUUGGCAUGAAAUUCUUUCUUGGGACUGAAGACCUCUGGCCAAUUCUAGUUGGUGAGAAACUUUUUUUCAGAAUUUAAUUCACAAGGAGGACUCACAUUUUGAUAACUUAUACACCAUCAUAAAUACAUGUUUUAAAAUCAGAUAAAUGAUGGUUGUACUUAGGUUAAAACUAUUUAUUUUUUAUUAUUCGCUAUGUGUACAAAGGGCACAGACUGAUUUUUUAAUGCUAGCAACUUACUCUAUCUUACACUGAUGACAUGUUCUUACUGUUGCAAACUUCCUGGUUAGGACGAGGUCACAAUUAAAUAAACUCCUGCUGUGGUUACAUUUACUGAGCAGGCAGUUUGAUACACCUUUUUUUGUCUAGGGAACAGCUCUGUACAUUGAAUCAAGCAUGAUCUAGUUCACGCUUGACGUCAAGGAUAAGCAAUAAAACACCAGGUUGAAAGAACAGGGUCCUUUAUUUACACGCUCCUCUUAGCACCGCAGUAAUGGUAAGGUCACAAACAUCCUCUGGGCACACUGUUAACACGACUCGACGUACUGGGAUGGUAACUCUCCAACUAUAGCCACCAAUGACCCUGAUGACUCACUUGCGACCUGUGACCACACAGCAUCUGUUCACCAAACUUGUUUAUUGACCUUGCAUAACCCGACCAAUCACAACUGGCCCUCACAAAACCUCUUGCCAAUUCACAAUCUACAACUGUUUCAUGCACAACCCGACCAUGCUCACAACCUCCCUUACACCAAAAAUUGCUUUAACGUCCUAUUUACAAAAAUGGUCUAAAAAUAAUGUUUCACUUCUUAGAAAGAAGAUUAUUUCUGAUGCCUCUCCUUCUGCAGCUUGUCCCGCUGUUCCAGCUAUUUAUAGCCUACUGACCUUGACUUGGUGUCCAGAAUCACCCAAGUAUUUGUUAGUAAACAAGGGAGAUGAUGCUGCUGCAGAAGCUGGUAAGUGAAGCCGUUUUGAGUGUGUUUUUAUUUUAGAUUUGGGUUAAGCAACUUUGAUAUUUAGAUAUUUAGAGUGAAAAUAAACAAUGUCAUUGUGAUGCAAAACUUAAAGAUAUGGUAUUAGCAGCAGUUUGCCACUUUUGAUGCUUUUUCCACAAAUAAAAAAAAAAAUGUCAAAACUGACAUGACUUGUUUUGGCAUCUUGGAACCAAAGUUUUGUUACUAAAUAAACUGUAAUAUGUUAUUAAAUUUUGUUUGCCGUCAGCUCUUGUUUGGUUGAGGAAAACAGAUGAUGUAUCAGAUGAAAUGGAUGCCAUGAGGAAAGAGAGGGUGGAGCUUAGGAACUCUCCCAAGGUUUUUCCCAGUUUUUGCAUUUCAAGUUGACAAUUUAAUUUUUUAUUUUUACAUUCAUGUGAAUUUAUACUUCAUGAUUUUAUUGAUGAUUAUGAUAUUUCUGCAAUAAUAAUAUGUUAAUCGUUUUUUUUUUUUUUGUUAUUGGCAUUUUUUUUUUUAGUAGUUCCCUGGUGUCUUUUAUAUGAUCAUAAUUCAUAACUAGUAUCCAUUUUUGCAUGUUCCCUAACAUGUGAAUUUAUACUUCAUGAUUUUAUUGAUGAUUAUGAUAUUUCUGCAAUAAUAAUAUGUUAAUCGUUUUUUUUUUUUUUGUUAUUGGCAUUUUUUUUUUUAGUAAUUCCCUGGUGACUUAUAUAUGAUCAUAAUUCAUAACUAGUAGCCAUUUUAGCAUGUUCCCUACAGCCCAAUAAUUUAUUUAACAUAAUCAUCAUGUGUCACUAUUUUAAAUAGUUUUUUUUAGGCCAUAUGCCCAGAGCAUUUAUUCAUAUUUUAUCAUAUAUUAAAAUUUCCCCAUGUACGCACCAGUUCAGUGUGAUGGAUCUGUGGAGCACCAGUUCACUAAGAUGGCCACUUAUCAUUUGUAUAGUGCUCCAGAUGUCUCAACAGUUUUCUGGCAUAAAUGCGGUAAAGCUCCUUUUUUGUGUGGUGAUAUUGCUUCAUUAAGGAAUUUUAUAGAACAAUUCAUUAAGGAAUUGUAUGGAAUUCUCGGUGGUCAGAAAUUUUAAAAUUAUCUCUUGAUUACUAAAAAUCGAGCAGUUGUGCAUAAAUAUUUUUACUAUUUUCUACAGCCUGCCAAACUAUGGAUGUGGCAAUGCGUAAAAUUCCCAUCUACUGAAGUUACUUGACAAAACAUGUACUCAAUUAAAUCACUUUUUUAAAAGCACUUUUUUAAAAGUAUUCCAAUUAGCGCAACACUUUCUUCCCCCUGGGUACACCGUUGCACUUUGUUUUUGUAAGUCUCUAAAUUAUAUUAAUAGUCUGUUGUCCUACCACCUUAUACACUGAAGAUUUAUUAUACCAUAUUGAAUUGAGUCUAUUUUGAUUUCCAAAAAAAAAGUAAAUAAAAUGUUAUGCACCUAACGCACUUGCAGUAUUUUAAAGAAUCUCAUUUAGCACAGUUAUUGGUAAUUUUAUUUUGCGCAUUCAUGAACUCAGCAUUACACCAUACUUUCAUCAUGCCUAGAGAAUUAUAAGUAUUGAUUGUUUGCCAAUUGUAUAAUGUAGAUUUCAAUCAAAUUUGGUUGGAUGUGUAUCCUAUAAAUAGUUGUUUGUGUAUGAAGGAAGGAAUUCAAUACAUAUUACAAUAUACCAGGUACUUGUCACAUUUGUAUAUCUUGACAGAUUGGUAUAUUAUACUUAUCAUUAUUCCUGUAGUGUCUGGUAAAAAGGAAAGCAUGGAAAAGGGUACAUUUUUUUUUAUGCUUUGCAUUAGCAGCACUGUGGCUAUAUCAGUACGUCUUUCAUUAUCGUAGAUACUUUUAUGGCUAUCUCAUUUGACACGCCCCCUUUCUCCCACUCCCACCAGGUGAUCUAUUACUCAACAGACAUCUUUAGCUCGGCCGGACUGAGCAAAGAAGAGUCGCAGUACGCAACCGUGGGCACCGGGUUGGUGAAUGUCUUGAUGACCUUUGUAUCAGCUUUGAUCAUGGACCGCGCCGGCCGAAGAACGCUGCAUUUGAUCGGCCUCGGUGGGAUGUGCAUCUUCUCUGUUGUUCUGGUGGUGUGUCUUUCCUUACAGGUAAGAAGAUUCAGCCACUGGUAAAUUAAGUUUAAAUAACAGUGGUUUAUUUUAUAUCUUUAUUGUAUGUACACCUACUGAUUGGGUGCUUUGAUAGCAGUGUUUUUUUUUUACGGGUAUGCCUGUGUUGAUAGUAUAAAUUAUGGUGAUGGCUGUUUUUGCGAGGCUUGACUGUAAGAUGCUAGCCAAGGUCAUAAGAGUCUAGGCUCAACCUUUACAAGGGAACGAAUCAAAUUGAGUAACAUUAAAGUAAUUUUUUAGCUUGACAAGUUUGCAGCUUUAUUUCAUUCAUGUUACUUAAAUAAAGGAUUAAGAUUAUUACAUUAUUGUAAGAUAAAAAUAUAUAUAUAUAUAUAUAUAUAUAUAUAUAUAUAUAUAUAUAUAUAUAUACACACACACACACACACACACACACACACACACACAUAUAUAUAUAUAUAUAUAUAUAUAUAUAUACACAUAUAUACAUAUAUAUAAAUAUACACACAUAUAUAUGUAUAUAUAACCUUUGUCAACCUGUUAUAUUAAAACAUGAUUUUAAAAAGCCAAAAUACAGCAUUUUAGAGUCACCGUCUACCUUCAGAUACGUAUUUAAAUAUGCAAAAGACUUUGAUCAUAAAAAUAAUUUAUGAUCUUCUACAUCUACAGAACAAAGUUCCAGUGAAAUAUUCACAUACACCUGUCAGUCAGACUUGUGAUAGGGUUGUACUUGACGUUCUCUAGAUUCUUAUGGAAACUUUAUUAUAUGAAAAUAUAAAAAUUCUUCAAAAGGAUAAUGUUCUCCCUUUCAGUCCCCAGUCCUAUCCUAUAUCAGUAUUGUUGCCGUCAUAGUCUACAUCAUCUUCUUUGCCACUGGCCCAGGUACGUAUUCACUGCAGUUGAUGUGUCCUUGCGUCAUGCAGGGGAAAAUAUUGUUGUUGCGACAGUAAAAUUUUAAUCAAAUAAUGCAUGAUUUUAAAACUUAAACUCUGUCUACUUUAAUAAAAACCUUCUUUAAUCACUAGCAUCUGCAAUUGGUUCACUUCCCACCAGGACUAAAGUCUUGUAGGCUUGUAGGAGCACACUGAAACAUCCUUCUUGUAGUUGUUUUAAAAAAAAGAAAUUUCUUGUUCUUUUUUUGUGUGUGGUUGAGGGGUGGGUGUCUUGGGUGAGUCACGGUUAAUUUUACCAAGACUUAACCCCUGCUUCCCACCAUGGUCGGUUGAGGUAACACCCUUCCAAUGGCCGAACAUACAUUUUUAGAUAGUAUAGCAGUGUAAGAUGAUGCUUCAAUAAAAAAAAAUGUGGUGGGGACAUUAUUAAUGUCCCUAAUACAUGACCCUCCUCCCAGCCAAAGCGUAAAACUCUCACCCCAUAAGAGUUUUUAAGUAGGCCACUGUUAUUUGGAGAAAUCAAAUAAUAUGGUUUCCUCUGAUGUACUAUCCACAGUAUUUAUUGUAGGACUAAAUAGGUGCCAUGAUGGCUCCUGUCUUCUCCUUAGCUACUCUAAUUUAUUGCUCAAGACGAAACAAAAGGGUGGCUCCAAUAAAACCCUCAAAAUAAGACCCAUUAAAUUCAGCUGUAAUCAAAUCUCCUGCCGUAACACCCAACACAAGGGCAAGCGAGCCGCCGGAGCCUUUCUAUUUCCGAGUUAUAAAUGUGCCCCUGGAGAUAUAAACAGUUAAACCUAUGGGAUGGAUGGGAAAAAAGUGAUUUGGGGGGGGGGGGGUUUUACCAUUUUACUGCAUUCAACUUUAUGGUUUCUUUUUAAUUAAAGUGCAUUUUUUUUUACCUUUUCUACUCAGCCGGAGCCUUUCUAUUUCCGAGUUAUAAAUGUGCCCCUGGAGAUAUAAACAGUUAAACCUAUGGGAUGGAUGGGAAAAAAGUGAUUUGGGGGGGGGGGAUUUACCAUAUUACUGCAUUCAACUUUAUGGUUUCUUAUUAAAUUAAGUGCAUUUUCUAUUACCAUUUCUACUCUACAUAAUAUAAACAUGUUUUUGAAUAAAUCAUGACUUCUCUUUAUUAAAGCAGUUAUCAUAUGUAGAAGUUGACCUCGUCAACAGCCUCACUAUACACCAUUGUUAACAUGACUCAUUUCCAGGCGCCAUACCUUGGUUCAUGGUAGCUGAGCUGUUUGCCCAAAGUCCCCGUACAGCGGCAGUUGGUGUUUCCGUGGUGGUCAACUGGCUGUGUAAUUUCACAGUUGGCAUCAUCUUUCCCGUGCUUCAGGUUGGGAAAAUGUAGUUGUUUUUUGUUUUUUAAAUGGAUCGGUUGUUUAAUUUUUUUGCAAAGCAGUUCUUUUCUUCAUCUGUGAAGAAUAUGAGAUUUUUUAUAUUUUUUUAAAGCUAAGAUUUGUGCAAUUAUUUUCAUGCACUUACAGAGGGUUAUGCAAUUUUAACCAAGACAAUCCUUGAUAUGCUCCCAUGACAAAAAGUAUUUUUUAUGUUGCACAUUACAUUUGAGUGACAUGUUUUCAUGUAUUAGUGCUCAGCUGAUAAAGACAAUGAUCUGGCUCAUCUUAUGUCUCUAGUGGAAAUAACUGAUCAAUAUAUGCUACUAUUAGUGGAAAUAAUUAAUCAAUAUAUGCUACCAUUAGUGGAAAUAAUUGAUCAAUAUAUGCCACCAUUAGUGGAAAUAAUUGAUCAAUAUAUGCCACUAUUGGUGUAAAUGAUUGAUCAACACAUGCUACUAAUAGUGGAAAUAAUUACUCUCAAUCUCAACUAUCUUUUGGAAAUUGAAUGAAGAAAAGAAUGUGAAGUGUUGGGAAUCCGGCUUCUAUGGCACAGCACGUUCAGUUUUCUCUGGCACAGCAAUUUCAGGUUUCUCUGAUACUGGACUUGCAGUUUCUCUGGCACAGCAAUUUCAGGUUUCUCUGAUACUGGACUUGCAGUUUCUCUGGCACAGCAAUUUCAGGUUUAUAGUUGAGAAAAUAAAAAAAAAAAAAAAAAGCUUAUUGGAAACUGGAUUGGCUUACUCCUGAGUCAAGACUAUAAAAGUUGACUUGUGCUGUGGAAUAUUUUUGAGUUCUCUCAUUUAAGUACAUCACAAUGACCCUUUACUCCUUACUUCAUCAAUAGCAAUACUUGACUUUUACUUUCAUCAACAGAAUGCUAUAAAGACAUACUCCUUCCUGCCAUUCUCGGUCAUGCUGGCCCUCUUCUUCAUCUUCACCUACAUGUUUGUCCCAGAGACCAAGGGCAAGAGCAUCUCGGAGAUCACCCGCCUGUUCAAAUCCCCCACUCUAGAGAGCUCUGUAAGUCAGUUCCCCGACACUGAUGUUGAGUACGAGAGGAUUGUUAACAGGAACAGCACACAGGUUCUGAUUGUGGAGCCGCCUGACCCUGACCUGGAGUACACCAUUCAAGGAAGUGAUGUGGACGGGUCAAGUAAAGUCCAGUUUCAAUAGUCACUUACUUUAAUUUUUCAGGAAUUCCCAUAAUUUCAUCCCUGAGCAGUGUUUCACCUGUCUGUAUUCUAUGAACUACUGGUAGUUUUUAGAUUUUUUUAAUGAUAUGCCAGUGGGGAAUAAAUUACACUUGCUCUAAGCAUGGUUUUCCUGUCGACAACCACAGCCACACAUGGUCGACAAUUUUGUUUAGCAUAUCGAAACCGUGCAUUAUCUAAUGAACUAAUAUUGGUCUAUUUUUGCUCAAUACACUGUUGAUAAUCUACCGAUGCCAAAGGUGGUUACAAUAUUAUCUUAUAAAAGCAACUUUGCUUUUUUUAUUUCUCAGAACAAUUUUUUUUUAACAAUCCUUAUCGACUUUAUCAAAGUAAAAUGUCAUUUUAAUUUUUUCCCCUUUAUAUUAAAUAUUAACAGAAACUUAUGAAUUAAUUCAAGCAAAUAUUAAAUAGAAUUCAAGAUAGGGAAAAUUAGAUUGUUUUUAACUGGAAAAUUUCUCGAAGGGAACCGUUAUCAAAUUUUGAGAGUCCCUGAUCUUAACUCUUAUUAAAAGUCUUUCCUAACUUUGACUCCUUCAAUGCACAAAUACGUUAGUACAUUGUUUACUAUUUAAGAUAUAUUUCAAAAUUGGAUACACAUGCAAUUUUAUUUCUUGCAUAAAUUCAGUUGUCAUUGACAUGUCUCAGAAAUGUUAUAAAAUAUUUAUCAAAUGCCGACAAAUGGUCUUUCAGUAUAAAUAUUAAACUUCCUUGACUUUCAUGCUGUGUGAAUUUUUAAAGAAUAUUACUACCUCUUAUUUUAAAAUUAAAAUUUAAAAAAAAAAAAAAUAGAUCAUACAUUUAUUUUAUUUUCUCCCUCGCCUGUGUUAACUUACAGAGCAUAUCUUGCACUUUCUUCAUGAUUUAUCCUGCCAACCGCCUCCCCCAAUUAACAUCUUUCAAUUUUACAACCAAAAUCUCUGGCAAAAUAAAUCAUUUGCCUUUAGAUUUUCUUUCUAAAUUUCCUAUAAAUAUACAUUUAUAAGUAUAAAAUUUGAAAUAUUUGUUUGUAAUUUACUAACUAAAAUAAUCUUAUACAUAUUUUUGUUUCUGUUUAAGUGUUUGAAAACAUGGCUAAUGAAUUAAUUAUUGGUGAAUUUAAUUGAGC